UUAAGUUUCCCUCUUCAAAGUUUCCUUUUAUUUUCGGCGUAAUCGAGAAAUUAUAAUUACUAUAAAAGUACUAAAAACCCCUGAAAAUAAUACUAAUUCCACCCUCCAAACAAACUCUCUCUCGCUCUCUCUCUCUCUCUCUAUCUCGAUCUCGAUCUCGAUCUCGAUCAUAUCAUAUCAAGGUAAUUAUCACGUACUAGUUUCUGUUUGAUUAUUGGCCGUCCGAUCUGAGAUAAAUCCAGAUCUGAGACUUGGAUAUCGAGAUUCCGAAUUCACGCGCUAGAUCUAGGUCUCUGGGAGAGAAGGUAUGGUGGUCAACGGGCGAACACCGAUGAAAAGGGUGGUCAAGAGGCGAGUCACGGCUGACCUCAAAGACUUCCUCACGUUCCCCACCGCCGGUGAUGCUGACGAUAUUCCGGUGGCCGCCGGACCGUUCAGGACGUGUGUGAGGGAUUUUCUGUCCGAGCACGCGCUCCUCCCUCCCCCUUCUUCGCUCUUUCCACACCUGCUCACGUGGCAGGUCCUCUUCCGCGUAGGCGACCUUGUCGGCGACGACGGUGGUCCUGCUGUCGUUUGCCUUGACGUCGUGGAAGAGAAUGUCUCGAGAUCCAGAUCUGUUUAUUGCGACCCGUGCCGAGUCGUUGGAUGGAGCAGUAAUCCAGUAAGUGCGAAGCGCUACCAUUUCAUAAUAAAGUCUGAUGGCAAUUCCAUUGCUGGCUAUAAUAAGAUGUGUGCAGGAUGUGGUGAUAUCCUUCAUAUGAUGGAGUCGAGGGAUGAUUGCUCCAAGGGCAGUAUUCAUAUGUUGCUGGUGGUUUCAGUAAUAACAUUAUACUUAAGUUUUAUAGUUCCGCUGACCACAUUGAAUGCAUGUUUGAUGCGUCAACUAAACAUUGUUGGAACAACUUACAAAACAAAGACACGUGGCCAAACUUGUUUACCAUCAUAUUAUAUUCUUUCUAGUCUAGUUUACAAGACAUACGAUGAUUGCAUUAACUGGUUCGACCAAUGUUCUGAAACUGGAUCGGAUUGGUCUGUUCAACCGGAAAAGCUGGGUAAUGGAUCUAAAUUGAGGUCGAAGCACGGGUUAGAGUUACGACUGCUACAUGCCAUAACUAAAGGCCAUCCUUGGUAUGGAGAUUGGGGUUACGAGUUUGGUGCUGGGAGUUUUGCUUUAACACGAGUUGAUUACAGAAUGGCUGUUGAAGACCUGUCCUGUUUGCCCUUGUCCAUAUUUCUAUCUCAAGGGCGAAAGCCUCGAACGCACCUUCAGGAUUUGAUUUCAUUUUAUCAGUCAAUAUCAGAGCGUGAACUUGUAAAUGUUAGAGACCUCUUCUGCUUUUUAAUGAGUUUGAUCCAUGAUGCUCAGAAGGGUUCCUUGAGGUCUGAUAUUCCUCCUUGCAAGAAGCAUAAAACUUGUGAAUCUAGGGCCCUGUGCUCAUGGACUAUGAAUGAUAUUUCACGAGUGGAAGAAGCUAUGUUCAAGGUUCUGCGUGCAGUUAGUGGGUCCACCUGGGUGAGUUGGCGUGCCCUUAGAGGUGCUGUUUGCAAAGUUGGCAGUCCUGAGCUUCUGGAUUAUUGCCUCAAAGAGCUCAAGGGAAAACAGGCAUCUCAAGGAAUGGUUGUCAAUGCCCGCUGCAUUUCUGAUUCUGGUGUGAUGGAAUACAGACUUGAGCCAGGAAAUGCACCACUGAAUACCAGUUCAGCUUUGAACAGCAUCCUUGUCACGCAAUAUCCGUGCAAUGAACGGCUCCUGCAAGAUCUGAGAUACUUGUAUGAAUGCAUGCUUUGUCCUGAGACAAUGGUGAACCACAUGCCUUCAACAAAACGAGAUCUCGCAGUCAGUGCAGCUUCCACACUACGUGAUUGCAAGCAAUUUGUUAAAAACUUCCAUCCAGAGAACAUUUUUCCAGCUUCUGGAUCAAAAGAAAUACAACUGUUUUGUGAAGUGGAACUCACUGAACAAUCUGAAGAAUACAUCCCUAAUCCUCCACCCGAGUUGCUCGUUCUUCCCCCUGACGCCACUAUUGCUGACCUCAAGCUUGAGGCAAUGAAGGCCUUUCAAGAAGUGUAUUUGAUGUUCAGAAGGUUCCAAGCUGAAGAGCUGAUGGGCUAUAGCUGUGUUGAUGAAUCCACCCAAGUGAAGCUCUUGUUAGGGUCUGCUGAAUCUGUUCGGAUUCGGGGAAAGUUUAUUGGAGAAAAUUGUUUGAGUAGGUAUAGGAUGGAAAGGGGUACUGAGAGAUGGAUUGUGGAUUGCAUUUGCGGAGCCAUGGACGACGAUGGGGAGAGAAUGCUGGCUUGUGAUGUCUGUGGUGUAUGGCAGCACACCAGAUGUUCUUCUAUACCUGAUUCUGAAGCAGUGCCUACAAAUUUUUAUUGCUUAAGAUGCAGAUGCAAUGGUCAAGUGAUUAGAACAAGUGACAAAUGCAAGGAUGACGUGGUGAAUGCCGUUCGUGGUGCUGCCGCUGCUGCUGCUGCUGCCGGCGGCUAUGGGAAGAGCAUGACGAACACUGGGGUUUCGUAAUUUGUAAAUAUUUUCCUCGAGCUCUGGUCCGAUGUGUAUAUAUAAUCAGGGUCUUGGGAGGAUUCCAGUGGACGUUUGGCUUUUAUGGUGGCAUUUAACAAAACACCAUUCCUAUAUGUUGAUUUUGCUUGUAUCCAUCCUUUCGACAUCUAAUUGCUACUAACAAGAAGGUUUUGCCCGCGCGGGAGAGUGAACGAUGUUUUCAAAUGUAAAUCUCUCUUCCCUUGUUAUUUAUUGCUCGUCUGGCAGUAUUGUUGCGAGUGGAGCUUUUAGAUUUAGAGCUCUGUAAGUAGCUUUUUUCAGGGAGAGUUAUUGAAAAGUUGUUCUUGUUUGGUUGUCAGGUGGAGUUAAUAUUAAAUUACUUGUUUAGCUGUAUAAUUUUAUAGUUAGUUCGAGUAUAGAUUAUAAUUGAUUUAAAUUAUAAAUAGACAGAGAUGAGUGAUAUUUGU